UUCAGGUCAGGAGGGAGAGUCCCCUCGCUUGAGCCGCCUGUCCCCAGCUGUUACUCGGAUAGACUUCUACUACUGUCAAGGAGGCCCAGCCUGACCCAGUGAUGGAGAAAGGUAAGCCGGCCAGAGCCAGUGGUCGUCAUGGUGCAGCCCUUGAGGUAACAGUCAGCCUCCCGCACCCCCCGGUCCAUUCUGGCUCCACUAGUUCCCAAGAAUUGAUAUCAUACCUAGCACAUCCCCGGAGGACCUGUGGGUUUUCUGCAGUCGAUGUUUAUUAUUUAAAACAGGGCCACCCGCAAAAGGAAGCUGCGGUUUGUUGCUCAGCCAGAGUGCAUCUCAUCAUUAAUCAUCUUCACUUGCUGAUAUCUUCUGUGCUCUUCACGCAUACCACGUAUCCAUAUGAGCCCAGAUCCUACGCACACACUUGCAUCAUCAACUUUUACCAUACAUGGCGUCUACUGAUCCACAGUCUACGCCCAACGUCCCUUCUCGCCAGCCUGGAGCAUCGAACGGCGUGAGAGAGGAAAACGGGGAGUGGGAGAAGGCUUCCACCAUGCAAGGAGACCAGGACACACAAAGAAUGACAGAACAUGUGGGCAACGCAGCGCCAAAAGAGAAAGAUGAAACCAACACGCCUGACUCGGCAUCAUACGAUAAGAUCGAAAUAACUGAGGAGGAUUGUUAUGACGAGCUGGGCUACUCCUUCCCUUGGUGGAAGAAAUGGACCAUUCUUACGGUCAUUUUCCUGGUACAGCUAUCCAUGAACUUCAACACGAGCUUGUACUCAAAUGGCCUGGGUGGAAUUUCAGAGGAAUUUGGCGUCAGCGCCCAAGCCGCGCGAUGCGGCGCCAUGAUCUUCCUGGUUCUGUAUGCCUUUGGAUGCGAACUCUGGGCACCGUGGAGUGAAGAAGUCGGUCGAUGGCCCAUCCUCCAGCUCUCCUUGACGCUCGUCAACAUUUGGCAGUUGCCAGUCGCUUUAGCACCUAACUUUGCUUCGAUCAUGGUUGGACGGGCGCUUGGCGGCUUGAGUUCUGCGGGAGGAUCUGUCACGUUGGGAAUGAUCGCGGAUAUGUGGGAAUCAGAUGAUCAACAAUACGCCGUGGCUUACGUUGUAUUCUCGUCCGUCUUUGGAUCUGUGUUGGGACCGAUUGUCGGUGGAUUCGUCGAACAAUACCUCGCUUGGAGGUGGACGAUUUGGAUCCAGCUCAUCUUUGGCGGAUUUGUACAACUCUGUCACUUCUUUUUGGUUCCUGAAACUCGUUCGACUAUCCUCAUGGACCGAAUUGCGAAAAAGAGACGCAAGGCUACCGGACAGAACAUCUGGGGUCCUAACGAACUGGAACCGUUCAGCGAGCGCUUUUCUGCCUCGGAGAUUAUGAUCACUUGGAUCAGGCCUUUCAAAAUGUUUCUGACCGAACCAAUCGUCCUCACCCUCUCACUCCUCAGCGGUUUCAGUGACGCACUCAUCUUCAUGUUCAUCCAAUCUUUCUCGUUGGUGUACAAGCAAUGGAACUUUUCCGCAUGGGCCGUUGGGCUGUCGUUUCUCCCGCUAGGCGUGGGAUACGCCUUGGCCUGGCUCUCCUUCAUUCCCGCCAUCCGACGAAAUAUUCAUGAGAGACAAUCUAAGCCUGGUGACGAGAAGGCACAGUAUGAAUCUCGGUUGUGGUGGCUACUAUGGACCGCUCCGGCUCUCCCCAUCGGACUAUUCGGUUUCGCCUGGACCAUUCAAGGGCCCCCUAUUCACUGGAUCGGUUCCAUGGUAUUCUCCUCUCUUGUCGGCCUGGCAAACUACGCGAUCUACAUGGCCACUAUUGAUUACAUGAUUUGCGCCUACGGCCCAUACUCAGCAUCCGCUACGGGAGGUAAUGGGUGGUCCAGAGAUUUCUUGGCUGGCGUCCUUACCAUUCCUGCCACACCGUUUAUGACGAAUAUUGGUGGUCGCUACCAUCUCGACUAUGCCGUCACCAUCCUCGCAUGCAUUGCCACACUUCUGGUGGUUGCGGUUUAUGUCAUCUACUGGUAUGGACCGACACUUCGCAAGAGGUCGCCAUUCGCCCAGUCUCUUGCAGAUGCUCGUGCUGAUAACGCCGGCCGACGCCUAUCAUACCUGCCAUCGGUUUCUGGCAUGUCUGAAACGAGAAGAUUGUCGCGAUCUAGUACCACGGCAUCGCGCGAAGUCAACUCCCGUAGAACGAGUCAAGCGGAGUUCCGCCGGCGAAGUACGGGUAUGCUGCAAUUGAGCGCGCAAAGAUAAGAGUAGACGGAGGGUUGGUUUGUUGUUUGUUGCUAGAAUGCGUGUGGUUUGCUCAUGGGGUUAGACAAUAUUUUUAUCAUAAUUGGGGAAUUCUGGUCGCCCUCGCCAUUUGAGCGAGAAAUGUGACUGGCCUGACCGAGAUAGAAUGGAAGCGAGCACGCAUCCAACGUUUCUCAACGGCAUUAACGCUCAUUAAUCGAAUCAAAAUCGCAUUCAAGUGCGCAGGGCUUGUUCGAGAUCUCUAUGUAUUCGAAUAGAUUCAUGCAAUUGUGUUGUACUUUCAAGUUGCA